GUUCAGCAGCUGAGGCUGAGACGAUAUAAACAGGGGUGAGUUCAAACCUCAGUCAGCUGCUGCUGAUCAUCUUCUGAUAUCCUGUCACCACCUGAAGACGAAGACAUUUGCAGAGGAAUUUCUAAAAGUGAACACAAGACCUCUCUCAUCAUGGAUAUAAACAUCGUUAUGCUGAACGGGACUUCCCACACACUGAGCGUGCACCCAGGGGACACAGUGGGCUCUCUGAAACAACGCAUCCAGGACAAGUUUGGAGUCCCCUGUGAGAAGCAGAAGCUGAUGUUUGUGAAUGGUCAGAAGACUCACCUGAGCGAUGACGUAAUGUCCAUCAGCUCCUACGGUUUGCACCCCGGUGCCACUGUGUCCCUGCUGGUGAUCGAGCCGCCAACCAUCCAGGUGUUCGUCAGAAACGAGAAGGGGAAGCUCAACACCUAUGAUAUCAAACCUGAUGAGACUGUGGACAUACUCAAGAGCAAGGUCCAGAGCAUAGAGGGGGUCCCGGUAAGCCAGCAGAGGCUCAUUCACCAGGGCAGAGAGAUGGCGGGGGGCAAACUGGCGGACUACAACGUCACUGCCAACAGCACCAUCGACAUGAGUAUGCGCCUGAGAGGAGGCUGAGGACUAUUAAAUCUGAACAUU